AUGCUGAAACAAUAUCAAUGUAAUGGUAUCACAACUAAAGGGGUUAGGUGUAGAAUAAAGUGCCAACUGCCAAAUUCCUACUGUCGACACCACGAGAGGCAAUCGUAUACCCAUCACAGCAAUAACCAUAAACCUCAAUCAAAUGACACUGGCUAUAUCUACAUGUAUACCAUGACCAACUUUCUAUUCCCACCAAAAAAUUGGAGUUUCAAAGUAAAGAAUUUGCCUGACGCGUCUAAGAAAACUGAUUGGGUGAAUUUCAACAGCAGGAAAUCACAUUACAUUCUUAUCAAGAUUGGACGGACCACCAAAACACCAGAAUCACGUAUACAGCAAUGGCAAGAAAAGUGUCAACACCCAUUGACCAAUAUGGGGCCGCCCAACAAACACUUGAUAAGAAAACGCCGUGGGUUAGUUGAACGAUUGGCGUGCAUGAGUAUUGAUGAUCCAGUGUAUUCUCGUUGGAAAAACGGUGGGUUCUAUUGUAGGAACCUAAACUUGGUAGAGCUGACUAUCCAUCAGGAGUUAUGGAAAAAAUAUGGCAAGGGCCAAGUAUACUGUGUUACCUGCUUGGCUGAGGAAUCCCGUUCAGAAGCCAAAUUCAAAAUCCACAUGGAAUGGUUUCUAAUACCAAAGGAAGACAUUGAAGAAGUUUACCAGUUGAUAGAUACUAUUUGUGUGAAAAUAGGAUAA